AUGUUGUUGACGGAUCUCCUAAGAUUCCUCUUCAACGUAGUAAAAUUCCUCCUAGCGAUAUCGCCGCUCCUCCUCAUUGUGCUGAUCUUCGUUAAAAACAAAAAUCCAAAACCUAAACACCCAGGAAAAGCACUAGAUAGCGAUGACGAGGACUUCUUCGACGAUAAAAAGAAUGACUAAAUCAACACAAAUUUCAUUUUCAAUCGGUAUAAAUUCAACUGUCUAGAAUCAAAAUGAUUUGAUUCUUCUAUAACAUUACUGUCACCAACUAUACCUUAAAAUUUAGUUUAACCCAAAAUAAUGUCAUUUUUGUUUU